AUGACGGAAAGUCGGGAGCAGCGGAGCCGAGCGCGUGCUGCAGUCCGGAGCUAUGCUCUGCUCUGGCUGGUCAAACGGAACCAAGCCCGUCUUCCUCGGAGACUCCUGCUCCUCGUGCUGCUGGCCGUGCUGUCAGCCAGCAGUCCUGCGCAGGGGAAGGUGAUCAAGCCUGGGCUCAAGCCAGAGAAUCUCUUCAAGAAACCAUCUGCUGGAUGUCUGACCCCAAAAGACUCAAAAUUCCCUCAAACUGUGAGAGUCAACCUCAGCAUCAGCAGCACGAACCAGGACACCAGCACCAGACCAGAUAUCAGCAGCCGUUCUCUGGCUCCUUGGGAUUACAGGAUCGACGAGGACCACGACCGCUUCCCGCGGCUGAUCGCGGACGCUGAGUGCCGGCACCGCCGCUGCGUCACUCCCGAGGGGCAGCUGGACCACGGCCUCAACUCCGUGCCCAUCACGCAGGAGAUCCUGGUCCUGCGCAGGGAGCAGAGGGGCUGCCAGCACUCCUACAGGCUGGAGAAGAAAAAAAUCACCGUGGGCUGCACCUGUGUCACCCCCUUGGUGCAGCACCAGGCCUGA